AGCCCUUGCGCCAUCAGUUACGAUAGCAGAACAACAAUGGCGGAUACAUCGGUGGAUGUCGUAGAGGGCUGUCGUCUUCCUGUCCUCCGGAAAAAUCAGGAAAAUGAAGACGAGUGGCCCUUGGCUGAAAUUCUCAGUGUCAAAGACAUACCCGGGAAAAAGCUCUACUAUGUCCACUACAUCGAUUUUAAUAAGCGUCUGGAUGAGUGGGUCAUGCCAGACCGACUUGACAUGAAGAAGCUUCAGUUCCCGAAGAAAGAGGCCAAGACGCCCACCAAAAAUGGGCUCUCGGGAUCUCGGCCCAGCUCGCCAGAGAGAGAAGUCGUAAGGCCCGGUAGACCGGACGUCCAUCCUCCAGCCACUCUCCCAACUGUAACGCCAGCUCCCGCUCACCCACCCACACAACCUCAGCCUCAGAGGAAGAGUCUAGAAAACAACAACAACAACGCUCAAACUCCAACAGCUCCUUCCAGAGGCAAAACCCUUCCCACACCGAAGAGGAAAACAGAGUCGGUCUCGUCUUUGACAUCCCAGCCGUCCCCAGCAACGCCGGCGUCCACAGAGUCUCCACAGCCCUACACUCCCGCCAGGGAAACCUUUACGCCCAAAUCAAAUAACAGAGAAGAGCACGAGCCACUCACUACAAAUGGAACAACGCGGCGGCUCAUUCCAUCUCAGCCUGGGAGGAAGAGGAAAGCCAACUGUGGAGGCACGGAUGAGAUUAUAAAGGUUUUCCAGUAUAACAGCCCUCGAUGUCCCAGUGUCUUUCUGCCGUCAGGAGAGGACUCGCAGGACAGUACGGAUGGCAUUCCCUCGGCGCCGCGCAUGACGGGCAGUUUGGUGUCGGACCGCAGCCACGACGACAUCGUCACGCGCAUGAAGAACAUCGACUGCAUCGAGCUGGGCCGGCACCGGCUGAAGCCCUGGUACUUCUCGCCCUACCCGCAGGAGCUCACCGCCCUGCCCAUCCUCUACCUCUGCGAGUUCUGCCUCAAGUACCUCAAGAGCCUCAAGUGUCUGCAGAGGCACCUGACAAAAUGCAACCUUCGGCAUCCACCAGGAAAUGAGAUUUAUCGUAAAGGGACCAUCUCCUUCUUUGAAAUCGAUGGCAGGAAAAACAAGAACUACUCCCAGAACCUGUGUCUACUGGCCAAGUGCUUCCUGGACCAUAAAACGCUCUACUACGACACAGACCCAUUCCUCUUCUACGUCAUGACAGAGUACGACUCCAAAGGCUUUCACAUAGUGGGGUAUUUCUCAAAGGAAAAAGAGUCUACGGAAGAUUACAACGUGGCUUGCAUUCUGACGUUACCGCCGUACCAGAGGAGAGGCUAUGGCAAACUGCUCAUAGAAUUCAGCUACGAGCUGUCCAAGGUGGAGGGCAAGACGGGGACGCCAGAGAAGCCCCUGUCGGACCUGGGCCUGCUGUCCUACCGCUCCUACUGGUCCCAGACCAUCCUGGAGAUCCUCAUGGACCUCAAGUCGGAGAACGGGGAGCGGCCGCAGAUCACCAUCAAUGAAAUCAGUGAGAUCACCAGCGUUAAGAAGGAGGAUGUCAUAUCUACACUCCAAUACCUCAACCUCAUCAACUACUACAAGGGCCAGUACAUCCUGACUCUGUCAGAGGACAUCGUUGAGGGCCACGAGAGGGCCAUGCAGAAACGACAUCUACGCAUUGACUCCAAAUGCCUCCACUUCACCCCAAAAGACUGGAGCAAGCGAGGGAAGUGGUGAAGCAUGGUGCACUCAUACAGGGAGGCUGACGGGGAAGGCCCAAGAGGUCAUUUGUCCCAGGCCCAUGGAGAGAGGAGACCCUUUCAGAUGACUUUGUCUAAGGCCCGGCCAAAACUGUCAGCGGCUGUGCACACGCUAACACACACACACACACACACACACACAUACACACACGCACACACACACACAGAAGUCUGCAUUCUCCACAUGCAUUACUCUCCUUUCUCACCUGCGUCGCUCCUCCUUCUUCCUGGAUUGUCUCUCGUACAGGGCAAAUAACAAUCUCAUAUCCAGCAAAGCAGUGAAGAAGCAGAAGCUUCAAAAGUGUUCAGAGGUAUUAGUACAUUUUCAGCUCUUUCUUUGUAAAGGUUUUUGUUUUUUUCGAUAAUGUUGUAUUGAAAAAAAAACAGUGGCAGUUUGCUCUUUUUAAAACAAGAAAAAAGCCAUGAGUCUACUGUUACAAGAAUGUAAAUUUGGGUACUUUGUACAGCUGUUCUGUCUUUUUUUUAUCUGAAUGUAAAACUAUGGUAAUUGUCAGGCACAGUGGCUGUGCUUAUUUUAAAGCGUAUCAUUUCCUUGUAAAACUGUGUAUUAACCUUUAUAGUUGUAAAUGUGAACUAGGAACCCCAAUCAUGCCUUCACCCUAAUAAAUGUAUAGUCAUUGAAA